GUGUUUAUGUGUGUGUGUGUGUCCCAUUGAAUGUGUUAGAUGGGAAACAUGUUUUGAGUCUUCAGGAAAGAAAGGAGGAAUGAAGAUUGCUCCACAUGAGAGAGAAACGUUUCAAACUUUUCACAACUUUUAUGUUCCUAUUACAUGCAUGUGAGUGUGUGGAGCUUCUUUUGUAUUCCUGAAAAAAAAAAAAAGACACGGUUUGUGAACUGCAUGGCACUACUCAUUUCUAUGUAAUGCAUGUUUUUUCAGAAACGUAUUUAGUCUUGUCACUGAUUCUAACAUUGCGGUUAAAUGCUCAAGCAUGCAUGUGCGUACAUCUGAGUGUGUGUCUGUAUUAAUAAAUAUGCUGUUAAUAAUCAGAUAUUCAGUUUCAUGUGUUUGAGGCAGGCUUUCCUUUUCAUUUCUUUUCCCAUUUCUUAUGUCCACUAAACUUUACUUUACUUACAGUAGUAAUUUACUUUAGCUUAUUUUACCUCUUUCGCUGCUGCAUAAAACAUGUAUUCCACUACAUUUUCCUUUGCUGUCUCCAUCCUUUUUCUUUUAUUCCUCUCAUAUUCAUAUGUUUUUGCUGGGAUGGACUCCUGCCACGAUGAGGAAGGCACACCAAGUGUCUGCAUGCCUAAAUUUGAGAACGCGGCUUUCAACCGUACCAUAAUUGUUUCAAACGUGUGCGGCUCUCCUCCUGAGGACUACUGCAUGCAAACGGGUUCCACACGCUCCUGUCGGCAUUGUGACGCUUCAGACUUUGAGACAAACCACAAUGCCACCUACCUGAAUGACUUCCACAGUGAUGAGGAACCUACCUGGUGGCAAAGCCAGUCCAUGUUCUACGGAGUGCAGUACCCCAACUCUGUCAAUCUAACACUACACUUAGGUAAAGCCUAUGAGAUCACAUACGUCCGGUUGAAGUUCUACACCAGCCGUCCAGAGAGUUUUGCCAUUUACAAACGUACAAAUGAGACAGCAUCUUGGCAGCCAUACCAGUACUACAGUGCAUCCUGCCGUAAGACCUAUGGGAGGGACUCCAAGGGCUUCAUCCGACCUGGAGACGAGGAGAGAACGGCACUCUGUACGGAUGAGUUUAGCGACAUCUCUCCACUAACAGGAGGAAAUGUAGCUUUUUCUACCCUUGAAGGAAGACCCAGUGCCUACAACUUUGACCAGAGCCCAGUGCUACAGGAAUGGGUGACAGCUACAGACCUACUGAUCUCUUUGAACAGGCUGAACACCUUUGGAGAUGAGUUCUUCAAGGAUGCCAAAGUGCUACGCUCCUACUUUUAUGCCAUCUCUGACUUUUCUGUGGGGGGCAGAUGCAAGUGUAAUGGGCAUGCCAGCGAAUGUGUGCCAAAUGAGCAAGGCCGUUUGGUGUGUGUGUGUGAGCACUACACUGCUGGGACGGAUUGCCAACAUUGUGCCACGUUCUACCGGGACCGUCCGUGGGCUCGUGCCACUGCAGACUCUGCCAACCAGUGUGUUAAGUGUAACUGCAGUGGCCGUGCGGACGAGUGCGUGUUCGAUGCGGAGCAGUACCGCAGUACAGGUAGUGGUGGACGGUGUAUUGGCUGUAGGGACAACACAGCAGGGCCGCAUUGCGAACGGUGCAGAGAAAACUUCUACAGAUCGUCUCCACUGCUUCCCUGCAACAACUGCAGCUGUAACACUAUGGGCUCUGUGAGUCUGCAGUGUCAUGAGGAAGGUGUGUGUCUCUGCAGACCGAGUGUGAUGGGGGUAAAGUGUGACGUCUGCAGACCUGGCUUCCACUCCCUCGGACCAGGGGGCUGCAGGUUGUGUGAGUGUGAUGAAAGGGGCAGUGUAGGUGUGUGCUCAGCUGGAGAUGGAAGGUGCCACUGCAAAUCCAACGUGGAAGGACACUCGUGUGGCAGGUGCAAACCUGGCUCCUUCAACCUCCAACUCGAUAACCCACAUGGCUGUCAGAUGUGCUUCUGCUUUGGCCACUCACUAGCAUGUUCAUCCUCCAAUCAGCAUGUGACCUUCAACAUUACCUCCAACUUCCUUGAGGACACCGAUGGCUGGCUUGGUGAGUUCUCAGGACAUCAGGAAGCCUCCUUGAUAUGGAAAGAGGGAGAAGUCUACCUGCUACCUUACAGUGAGGAGGACGUCGGAUACUAUAAAGCACCAGCAAAGUUUCUGGGAAACCAACUGCUGAGUUAUGGUCAGCACCUUACCUUGUCAUUUACGGCUGAAUCAAGUGAGCUGUUGCCCAAGAUUGUGACUGUGGCUCUUGAAGGAUCUGGACUGUCAGUCAGUGCCAACUUGUUUUCGAAGCAGUAUGUGGACAGUCAGCCUAGCCACACCCCUCGUAACAUCUUCACACUCAGGUUAACCGAAACAGAGGUUUAUCCAUCACUCACUCCAUUUGAGUUUCGACGUUUGCUCAACAACUUGACUGCGCUACACAUCAGCAAUGUGGGAGGACAAAACUAUACAUCCCAGCUGUCUGGCGUGACAUUGACCUCUGCGACACUGGCUGAGCCCUACUCCGACAUCCACCUUGCCCCACCUGCCCCCUGGGUUGAGAUGUGUGCAUGCCCACCAGGAUUCAUGGGACAAUUUUGCGAGCUGUGUGCACCAGGUUUUACCCGAGACAGUCCUAACGGCGGGCCGUAUUCUCCCUGUGUGCCAUGUAACUGUAACCAGCAUGGGACGUGCCAUCCAGAAACAGGUGUCUGUGACUGCACAGACUUCACAACCGGUCCCUCUUGUGAGCGUUGUCAGGAUGGUUACUAUGGGAACGCACUGACUGGCAGCCCAGGAGACUGUGCGCCCUGCCCCUGCCCAGGCCGUACCACUUGUGCCCAGAUGCCAGAGACAGGGGAGGUUGUAUGUACCAAUUGCCCAGCAGGACAGAGGGGAAUCAGAUGCGAGUUAUGUGAAGACGGGUUCUACGGCGACCCACUUGGCUGGCAAGGCGAGGUGCGGCUGUGUGUAAGGUGCGAGUGUAACGAGAACACGGACCCCAAUGCUGUAGGUGUGUGCGAUCACGUGACUGGACGCUGCCUCAAAUGUUUAGGACACACAGAUGGGGACCAUUGUGAAAAAUGCCAAAGCGGUUACUAUGGAAAUGCUCUGGAUAGGAGUCUGAGGCCUUCCCAAAAGUGUCUGCCCUGUCUCUGUAACCCGGCUGGCACUUUGGGGUCAGUGAAUGAGUGUGAUCCUCACACAGGAAGAUGUUUGUGCCUGAGGCACGUGACAGGAAGAGACUGUGGACAGUGUGAGUUCGGCUACUUCAACCUGCGGCCAGGGCUGGGUUGUGACAGCUGUAACUGCAAUCCCAUUGGCUCCCCAUCCCUAGCGUGUCACCCAAUCACAGGCCAGUGCACGUGUCGGACAGGUAUUAAGGGCAAAAUGUGUGAUGCCUGUCAAAUGGGAUUCUUUGGCUUUUCCUCCAGAGGAUGCAGAGCCUGUAAUUGUGACCCAAUGGGAUCAGCGUCCAUGCAGUGCCACGCCAACGGGACAUGUCCGUGUCGCCAAGGUUUUGUGGGUUAUAAGUGUGACAAGUGUGAGCUGAACCACUACCAAAACCCCUUGACCCACCAGUGUGAGGAGUGCCCUGUGUGCUACAGUCUCAUCAGAGACCAGGUGACUAAACUCAAAAGCCAACUGCACAGUUUAGAGAGACUGCUUUCCAUCUAUGACUGCAAGAACUUCAGGCACCGAAUCUACGUGCGUCCGAAUCACGUGCGCCAGCAUCACAGGCUCGAGAAUCACUUGCACGAGCAUCAAGGCGAGGAUUACUUACCCAAUGCGCUGGAGGAGUUUCUGGCCAUCCAAGAGGCACGAGAAGCUUUCAUCAGCCAGUUCACACAGCUGGAAACAUCUGCACAAGCCCUACAGCUGCAGCUGCACGACUUUGCCAGUAUAAUGAACUGCAGCCUCCUGAAGGAAGAAGGAAGCACAAGCAGUGAGGAAGAGAAUAGGACGCCCAAGGCAACAAACGAGUGCAAAGCUCUCGUGGAGACGUUUGCUGCUGUCACAGAAUCACAGGCACAGCUUCAGGAGAUGACCUCGGACCUUAACAGUCUAGUAAUCCCAUUCAUUAUCCCGAAAGGACCGACAGAGUGGAACGCCCUUGUGAAUGAAUCGGAAGCUUUGGUGAAGAGUCAUAAAGAAAUGGCUGCUCAUAUCGAAGGGCUAGCUGGAGAGGCUUUAAAAGUGUCUAACAAAACUUAUUCCGUACUGCUGGAUCUGCUGGAGGAUAACUCAACAGAGCGCCAUUUACAAGCGCUUACUGAGCGGCUAUCAGAGAUGCAGCAGCUGAAAGAGAAUCUCACACGACAGGCGAAUGAGACCCACGCUGCCUACCUGUCAAUGGAGGAGCUGAACAAAGAAGCAGAGGCCAUUUUACAAAACGUUACCUCCACCCUCCCCAACCAGCCCACGGACAUAAAUAACAACCUCCUGAACACAACCGCCGCAGAGGAGCUCAAUGAAGCAGAUAAUACCAUAGCACAGGAUACACAGCUGAUCCAGAGGCUAGACCUGGCCAACAGGACGGCUGAGUUGGAUUUGCUGAUCCAGUCCAAGCAACAGUUGCUAAAUAAGAGCAGAGAGGAGUUAGAACCACGGCUGGAGAAUGCACGCAACAAUCUAAACACCACUGAAGAGUUCCAGCAGCUGACAGCAUUCGCCCAGGGGCUCAGAGAGACAGCCCUUACUUCAGUAGUGGAAGGAAAGAAGAUAGAAUCAGAGGCAUUUUCUCUCCAUAGACAUGCAGAAGGCUUAGAGAAGGAGUGGCCUGUUGUGCGCACUCAGACCCGGGCAGCUCUGAAGCGAGAGGGCGUUGUGGAGGAGAAGAUCCUGACGGAGGUGAAGAAGAAGGUGAGGCAUGCCGAGAGAGUGCUCAGACCUGCGCUGGAGAAUGCGACGCAAGCAAGAGACACAGCGACGCAGGCUCAGAAGACAGCGAAUGCCAUAGCUAAGGAUGCUAAGGCGUCUUUGUCCCGGGGAAAGCAGACGAGGAAGGUGUCUGUUCAACUGAAGACAGCCGUGAAUGCAGCCGUGCAGCAGCUGACAGAGCAGGAGAAUUUAGCUGCUCAUGUGGCAGGAGACGUGCAAGACGAGGCUGAUGUUUCUUUAAAGGGAGUGAUGGGUAGCAUGGAGUCAGCCAAGAGCCAGCUGGAGGGUUUCACACACAUGCUAGCCGAGCUGCUUGGUCAAAUAGAAAGGAAUACAGACGUAGAGAAGUACGACCGCGUGCUGAACGAGACAGCCUCUCGUCUCAAGGUUCUCCGGGGCAGUGUGGAGAGCCCGGCGCUGAACAGGAAGUUCCAGAUGCUCCUUGGAGCCACUGAGGAUCAACAAAAACAGCUGAUGGAGCUUGAAAAGAGUCUGCAGGACAUCCGAGAAGAGCGGGACAGCCUGACUGAUAUCGCCCAGAAUCUGCCGAAAACAUGCCCAGAGAGGAGCUAAAGAGAAGGAACACAAGAGGAUAAGGAAUAUAAACAAUAUAUUUGGCAUACUCUUUCUUAAAUAUUUGAUUUAAAUAUAUUAGCUGGAUGUAGAGGGAGUGGGAGGGAGGUGUGAGAACGAGGAUUCUUCAUGCAGUUCCACAUGUACAAGCUCUAAUAGAAGAUUGGUUUCUGACAUUACAUAUACAGUACAACCAUACACAUUUGAAUUGCGGCGAAUGUAUUAUAAACCAUGCUGAGGUCCAAUAAAAGAGUUCAACGUC